ACACACGCCAGAGGCCUUUGCCCCGUCAUAACUUCCUGUCAGUCGCCAUGACAACACACACCGUCACUUCCCCUCCCGCCUCCCCGGACGCCAUUUUAGUUCCUGUGCUGUCUGGCGCAGGCGGAAGUGCCGCCAUCUAGUAGCCGCGGCUGUGGUGGAGACAUCUUGACGUGUGCGGCUUUUGUGGAGCUCCGGAGACGUCUCGGCGCCCCCUCUUAUCGCACCAUAAUGCCGUCCACACCGCUCCGUGUAGCCGUGGUGUGCUCCAGCAACCAGAACCGCAGCAUGGAGGCGCACAAUAUCCUCAGCAAACGAUCCUUCAAUGUCCGGUCAUUUGGAACAGGAACACAUGUUAAACUUCCGGGUCCAGCACCUGACAAGCCAAAUGUUUACGAUUUCAAAACUACAUAUGAACAGAUGUACAAUGAUCUCCUUAAGAAAGACAAAGAACUAUAUACACAGAAUGGUAUUUUACACAUGUUGGACAGAAACAAGAGGAUCAAACCACGACCAGAGAGGUUCCAGAACUGCAAGGACUACUUUGACCUGGUGAUCACCUGCGAGGAGAGAGUCUAUGAUCAAGUAGUAGAAGACCUGAACUCCAGAGAGCAGGAGACAUGUCAGCCCGUACACGUCAUCAAUGUUGAUAUCCAGGAUAAUCAUGAAGAGGCCACACUAGGAGCUUUCCUCAUUUGUGAACUUUGCCAAUGUAUACAACACACAGACGAUAUGGAGAAUGAAAUCGAUGAACUGCUACAGGAGUUCGAAGACAAAAGCGGCCGGACCUUUCUCCACACCAUCUGCUUCUAUUGACGCAAACCCACUCAGGCCUUAUUCCCUAUGACUAUGUUAUGGCGCAUUUCCCAGAAUUUUUAAAAUUUAUUUUUCUCCUUAAUUUUUUUUUUUCUCUUCAAAAGUGUUUUUUCCCUUCUUCAGGUAUUUUGUCCAUAAGGACAGGGAUGUACAAACAUUUUGUGUAUAUAUGGGAAAUAUGAAAGAGUAUGAAAGAAAUCUAUAAAAAAAAAAAUACAGAUAAAAAGAAAAAUCAGGAUUGCCUAAAA